GUAGCGCUGUUUUCAACGAGACCCAAGAGUUUCUGAAUGCAAGAAAUAUUGGGGCCGUUUGGCGAUGUCGUGAGUUCUAUUGGGUGUUUGUGUCGAUGCUGCCAGUUGAAUGAGAAACAGCCUGCAGCAAAUUUCUGUUCCGCCAGUGCUUAUCAGCGCCCAAUACAGGGGUCUUGCGCCCGAUAACAGAGCAGAAGUUAAGAAUGUGGGGCAACCCCACUACCAUUGAAGCUUGGGCCCCAGCCAUGACGCUUAAGCCAAGAUCUGCUUUCUAUUAAUGCCUAACUUUCAAGGCAGCCAGACCGCCCGCAACAGCUGGCCGUCAGCCUUCUCCAGGCAAGCAGAGCAACGCGUCGAUGGGCAGCUGGAGCUUCCCUGCCAGGCCAACCGCAACGACGAACGAAGCUCCUUGCCGCCUGCUCAACACCAACACCACCACCACCAAACAACCACCACUGCCCGAUCUUCUGACAUUGCGCAUCUACCGAUUCGUCCUCCUCCCAUUCGCUCACACAAUCCUUCAAUAAAGCUUUCAUCAGCUCACAUCGGUCAAGAUGGCGGGCAACGCUGGUUACGACCGACACAUUACCAUUUUCUCCGACCAAGGAAGACUGUACCAAGUUGAAUAUGCCUUCAAGGCCAUCACAGCCGCCAACAUCAUGUCCAUUGGCGUCAGGGGCAAGGACUGCGCUGUUGUCCUGUCCCAGAAGAAGGUUCCAGACAAGCUCAUCGACCCUUCUUCCGUCACACACAUCUUCCAGAUCUCGCCCUCGGUUGGUUGCGUCAUGACCGGCUCCAUCGCAGAUGCGCGAGCGUUCUCCCAGCGUGCCCAGUCAGAAGCGGCCGAGUUCAGAUACAAGUUUGGCUAUGAGAUGCCAUGCGAUGCUCUGGCCAAGAGACUUGCCAAUAUCAGUCAAGUGUACACUCAACGGGCAUACAUGCGCCCAUAUGGCCUCGCUGUGACGCUGAUCUCCCUCGAUUCCGAGUUUGGGCCGCAGUUAUUCAAGUGCGACCCCGCCGGUUACUAUAUCGGUUACAAGGGCACAGCUGCGGGUCCCAAGCAGCAGGAGGCGCUCAAUCAUCUCGAGAAGAAGCUCAAGAACCGGGAUUAUGCGGACGGUGAUUGGAAGGAGGUUGUUGAGCUUGCAAUCACAACACUGAGCACGGUCCUCAGCAUGGACUUCAAGAAGACCGAGAUUGAGAUUGGUAUUGUGGGGGGGCCACGCCCAGACGGCAAGGAAGGCACAUACCCUGGGUUCAGGACACUUACAGAGGAUGAGAUCGACGACAGAUUACAGGCUAUCGCCGAGAAGGACUGAGGUGAGGGAGAGAAAAUACUACCUCGGGGGAAAGUGGGUGUAGUGCCGCGGCCGACCAGGCAGGAUGCCAGGUGCUGAUUCGCUGUGGGCUCUUGGAAGGUCAGGCUGAGGGAGUGAGGGAGUGGGGGAGUAGACAAGAAAUCAGAUAUGAUACGGUGAGGUUUUUGGACCCCCUAUAUCCACAUCCCGCGCGUUGUUUUGUGCUACGGUUCAUUCACUCGUGCCAUAGAAUCUAUCAUAUGCAGCAUGCAGGAAAGAGCGUCUAAAAUAGACCGGUUCAAGAUUCAACCAUGUCAC